AUGCUGAAGGUUUUGUUGUUUGAUUUGUUGUUACAAGAGCUGCAGCAGCAGCUGCUACAGCAACACCAACAGCAGCAGCAGCAGCAACAGCAGCAGAAGCAGCAACAGCAACAGCCACAUCAGGCGCAACAACAGCUACAACUGCAGCAACAGCAGCAGCAGCAGCAGCAGCAACAGCAGCAGCAGCAGCAGCAGCGUCAGCAGCAGCCUCAGCAGCAUCAGCUGCGUGAGUGGGUGACAAUGAGCAGCAGCAGCAGCAGCAACAGCAGCAGCAGCAGCAGCAGCAGCGCGGGCGUGGUGAGUGGAGGCCCUAGCUACCUUCCUCUUGCUUUAGUAGAUAAAUGUGUGGGGUCUAGGGUCUGGGUUAUAAUGAAAGGAGACAAAGAAUUAGUAGGGACUCUGAGGGGCUUCGACGACUACGUCAACAUGGUGCUGGACGACGUAACAGAGUUUUCGUUUACAGCUCAAGGCGUGAAGAAAACAUAUUUAGACACAAUUCUAUUAAACGGCAGCAAUGUAUGCAUCUUAGUACCGGGAGGAAGCCCUGAAGAGGCCCCUAAUGCUGCAUCUGCUGCUGCAGCAACUGCAGCAGAGACUGCCAGGAGCUAA